AUGAACCGCUUUGCCUCUUUUGUGUGCCUUCUGGCACUCGCCUUUUUGGCUUGUCUCGUCGCCUCCGUCCAUGGUGACUUUGCCCCCGCCGGCUUUGCUGCGCCGUGCGGCAAUUGUGGCAACUGCCCCAACAGGCAGGAGUGCGUGCCGUCGCAGUGCAAGAGCUGCCCCGCUCUCGUGUCGAGCUUCUACCCCUACAGCAACAACCGCACCCUCAUCAUGAAGAUCCACGUCAACAACAACCACACCCAGGGGGACCAGAUCACCUACUACGCCUUCGUCGAGAAGGUCUACCAAGGCCGCAGCUCGGGCAACGUGGUGCAGAUUCUGUACCAGAGCAUGAAGGACCCCUGCUACACCAACUACUUCAACGACUGGUACGUGGUGGCGAUUCCCUACGCCACGAUGGCGGCCAAGCCUUCGGUCUGCGCUGACCUGCCCGGCGCGCCCGAGUGCUUCUUCAUCCAGCUCAACCAGUGCUACUACUUCAAGCUCUAUUCGGAGCUGACCAAGGGCGAGCUCCAAGUGCUGGCCGCACACGGCAACUGA